GCAAUAGGCUACGUCCAUUGCCGGGAAAGAGGCAACGAAAGAAGCCAUGGAGACUGGCAGUGUGAGUUACUAGCAGGUUUUGGUUGUUGUUCUCAUUCGAAGUUGAAUAGGACGCUUAUAGUCGAGAAAACCUGCAGAUUUUUCUACCCUGGUCAGUCUGAUUCACAAGUCCCUGCCUCCGGUGUUAGUUCUGACAUGGUGGGAGCUAAAUGAGUUGCCAACUACGACGAAAUCAGAACAGGGCUACGUCCUGUGGAGAGUGUAAGCUACCAACCAGUUGUGGUUUGCCGAUUUGCCAUUCGCCACUUCUGUCUUGAAGUGCUUCGAAAACGUCAAGUGCAAUAAAAAAAAAAAAACAACAACAAAAAUCUAAAGAACAAAAUCAAAAAAAAAAAAAAGGGAGGAAAAAAAAAACACAGCCCCCCAAAACAAGCAAGAAUUGAAGGUUUCACCUUGCAGUUGUGGUUUGAAAAAGCUCCUGAAAUUGGUUCACCAUUUGAGGAACUCAACUAGUGCAGCGUUCUGUUGUGUUGCAUUGUGCUAUUCGAAAAGUGAAUGACUCGAUGCUGUGAUCAACGUGUUUAGUAUACGAUAUCUUGAUGGACUUUGAGAGAAGUGGUGGUACAUGCCAAUGACGACGAGUUUAUGUUGUCCAUGAUUCGUCGUUCGUUUUCCAGUUUGGCAGAGAUAUCCCUGUAGACAACACUCGAUCUUAUUAUUGCACUGCCGAUUAACCCUUUACCCGUUCCAAAUGUCGACAUCGUAAACUGCCAGCUGCAAGAAAUUCAACCAUUUUUCUUUUUUGUUCGUUCUGAAUGCUUGCAAGUUCUCCGUAUAUGCGUGUGUUAAGAAGCUGAGUCGAAGAGAGUGAAAAAAGCCGAGCCAUGGGAAAUGCGGCCACAACAAAAAAAGGCGAUCCCACUGAAAAUGUCGAAGAAUUCUUACGUGAAGCCAAGGAGAAGUUUGAAGAACAAUGGAAAAACCAAUCUCAGAAUACAGCAUGUUUAGAUGAUUUCGACAGAAUCAAGACAUUGGGAACGGGCUCAUUUGGUCGCGUCAUGCUGGUUCAACACAAAUCAACCAAAAAGUACUACGCCAUGAAAAUCCUCGACAAACAAAAGGUGGUGAAACUCAAGCAAGUGGAGCAUACGCUGAAUGAAAAAAGAAUCUUGCAAGCCAUUAGUUUUCCGUUUCUUGUCAGCUUAGAAUACCACUUCAAGGACAAUUCUAAUUUGUACAUGGUUCUUGAAUACGUCCCUGGCGGCGAAAUGUUUUCUCACCUAAGGAAAAUUGGGCGGUUUAGCGAACCUCAUUCACGAUUUUACGCAGCCCAAAUCGUUUUGGCCUUCGAAUAUCUCCACUAUUUGGACCUCAUAUACAGGGAUCUGAAACCAGAAAAUCUUCUUAUCGACAGUCAUGGAUAUCUCAAGGUCACAGACUUUGGAUUUGCUAAAAGAGUCAAAGGAAGAACAUGGACUCUAUGUGGAACUCCCGAAUAUCUUGCCCCUGAAAUCAUUCUCAGCAAAGGUUACAACAAAGCUGUCGACUGGUGGGCACUUGGAGUGUUGGUUUAUGAGAUGGCUGCUGGCUAUCCUCCAUUUUUUGCGGAUCAACCUAUUCAAAUAUAUGAAAAAAUUGUAUCAGGAAAGGUUCGAUUUCCUUCACACUUCAGCUCGGAUUUGAAAGACUUGCUGCGUUACUUGCUGCAAGUUGAUCUGACAAAACGUUUUGGCAAUCUAAAGAAUGGAGUAAACGACAUAAAAAAUCAUCGCUGGUUUCAGUCAACUGAUUGGAUUGCCAUCUAUCAAAAGAAGGUUGAAGCGCCUUUCAUACCCAAGUGUAAAGGACCAGGUGACACUAGUAAUUUCGACGAUUACGAAGAAGAAGCACUAAGGAUUUCAUCGACAGAAAAGUGUGCUAAAGAAUUUGCCGAGUUUUAGGAUCAGAGAAGAAUUGGCUGAAACAUAUGGCGCCCUUGUAUUGAAUGCCAUUAACUUGUAUUUGAGUCCAAACAGAACGGCAUUGUCUGCCCAACCCACUGAGCAUCCCAACCUCAAUCCUUUGUGGCGUUUCUGUUGUCUUUCUACCUGAUGAUGUUCAAUUAUUUGUCGUCAAAAACAAAACAAAACAAACAAAAAAAAAAAAAAUUAAUUAAUUAAUCGCGUUCUGUGUGUGCCCUUUUCUCUAUAACUCAGCCUCCACAAGUGUAUUUCCAGUGCAACUAAAACAACAGCACGAGCAACUGCUACAGUUCAUCGCAGAGGUAGAACUUCAACUUCAUCAUCAUUACAUUUGGUUUGAAUAUUUAAAAAAGAAAAAAAGAAAAAAAAAAAAACAACAAAAAAGAAAAAAAGAAAAAAAAAACUGUUGGUAACCUUUAGCCAUUAGUUCUGUCUUGAUGAUUCAUAUUUUGGUACUAGUCAUUGUUGUAGCUGUUUCCUUCGUUUUCUUCAUGCCACCUCCGUCUACGCCCUGUCAAUGUUGGUGACCGUCGUUGUUUCAAUUAUUCCUCUACAUCUGUUUGAAUCGGAGCCAAUGAUUGAUUGGCCUCCCAAGCUGUCAUUGUAUUCCUUGUGGUAAGGAUUAAGAUCCCACUUCAACUGUUUUUCUUUAUCUUCUUUAACAAAAUGUGUGCAUACGAGAGAGAACUAGGAAAAAAAAAAUCAUAACUUGAAUUAUAGUUUUGCAUGCUCAGCUUCCUAUCUUCACUUCUUCGUCUGUGCGCAACAUAGAGCAUUUAAAUUUCGAAUAAGUGCAUAUCACAGUUAGAUGAAGUAUAUGGAAUCCGGAAAGGAAGACCGCUUAUUAAACUUAGUUUUCUCAGAAACAUUCAUCCAUAUGUUCCCACAAUACAUAACUUGGGUAUUUGUGAUUUACUAAUGUUUCAUUCAAGGAAAAAUAGAUGAGCCAAGAAUUAAGUCGAUUGCUGGAUCAGUACUUCAUGUGCCGGAUUUUUGUCUGAUUCACCGGUGACUACUGUGCGCCUGACUGAUGUGUCUCUAAUGUUGCUGUUUGCCAUGGUGAUACAAGUUAUACAUCAAAACGUCUCUUUCAGUUUAUCGUGUAUUGUUACCGAAAAAUAAGAAUAAAAUAAAAAGAGGACAGUUGUAA